AUGGGAAUGAUAAUUCCUGCCUUAGGGGUGAUAGUGUGGAAGUGUCGGAGACAAAGGCGUAGGCGGGGAGGCUUCCUGAGGGGAAGGCCAACAAGCACCCCCAGACGGUCUCGAAAUAAGGAAGUUAUGCCGGUGGAAGCCAUAGAACUUAUGCCAAAUUCUUCCAAAAUCAGAAGGAAAAGAGAUGGAAGAGAGUCUAUUGAAGGUAACAACCGUGAGGAAGAGAAGACACCCGCCUCUCCUACGACCUUAAACGAGGAUCCAACGAUUAUCUCCUUGAUGGAGUGUCCAGUGUGUUACGAGAACUUGGCGGCCCCCAUUUUUCAAUGCAUGGCCGGUCAUCUCCUGUGCGGCAGUUGCAGGGGACGAGUACAUCAGUGUCCCACUUGUCGGGGAUAUCUCGGGGAGUUAAGAAACCUCGCAAUGGAGAAGAUGGCGGAGGCUAUAGCUCUUCCCUGCCGGUUUAAGGAUAAUGGCUGCCAAGUUGUACAGAAAUUGCAAAAGCGAAAGAUUCAUGAACAGCAUUGUCUGUACCGGACAUGUGAGUGCCCUUCCUUGGAUCCAACUUGCUCCUGGGAAGGGGCGUUCCAGUCCUUAGUGGAGCAUCUCCGUGACCGUCAUAGUUCGAUGGUCUCGGUGAAAGCCGGGUCCAUAAAAUUAUCGCUAGUGGGCCUGGAUUCGACUCAUCCCUUGUCGUGGGCUACUCGGAUGACUUGUCACGGACAUGAAUUUGUUAUCCAGGUCAAGAAAAGUGAGACGGAGGGUAACCGUGGCCGUAUAAGUCUCCUCAUUCGCUUUGUGGGAAGCAAAAAGGGAGCGAGCCGGUUUCGAAGUUUCCUCUUAGUAGGAGGAAAAGGAAAGGCUCUAGCAUGGAAUUCAGCUCCCAAAAGUGUCAUGGAGGAGACGAGAAAAAUUAUAGAGGAGGAAGAAUGUUUAACAGUGUCCACCAAAUUUGCGAGUCAACUUAUAAUAAGCCAAACCUUAAGUAUUGUGGUCUCCGUGGAACCCAUUGGUUCCUAAACUGUCCAAGGGACCCUUUUCCAAGGGACCGAGGACAAGAAAAAAAAAAAAGAAAUAAA